GCAGAACUCUCAGCGAUGAAUCCAGAAGAGCAAAUUGUAACGUGGCUUAUUUCAUUAGGAGUUUUGAAUUCUCCCAAGAAAAUAGUAGAGGAUCCAGAGGAGUUCCUGAAAACUUCUCUGAAAGAUGGAAUAGUGCUUUGUAAACUCAUUAAUCGACUUCUUCCGGGAUCUGCAGAAAAGUAUUGUCCGGAGCCUAAAAAUGAAGCCGAUUGCAUCAGUAAUAUCCAAGAGUUCUUAAAAGGCUGUGCACUUCUUAAAGUGGAGCUGUUUGAUCCACAUGAUUUGUACACAGGAGAACAGUUCUCCAAGGUCCUGAGUACGUUAACAGCUGUAAAUAAAGCUACUGAAGAUCAGCCGUCAAAAAGACCAUGUUCUCAACUCUCGUCUCUUAGCUCCACAGCUGGAGGUCCCCACACUAACUCCAACGGCACAGCUUCACAAUCAGCAAAGGUGUUAAGGAGGCAGUCCAAGGCUGUGGAGAUGACCGAGAAUGGCAGUCAUCAACUGGUGGUAAAGGCCAGGUUCAAUUUUAAGCAGACCAAUGAAGAUGAACUCUCUGUUAACAAAGGAGACAUUAUUUAUGUUACCCGAGUUGAAGAAGGGGGCUGGUGGGAAGGGACAUUGAAUGGAAAAACAGGCUGGUUCCCAAGCAACUACGUCAGAGAAAUCAAAUCUACCGAUAAACCACUCUCUCCCAAAGCAUUAAAAGGACUUGAAAGCACUCAGCUGACAAAGAAUUAUUACCCUGUGGUGUUGCAAAAUAUUCUGGAAACAGAACGAGAUUAUGCGAAGGAACUCCAAUCACUUCUGGGAGCUUACUUAAGACCCCUCCAGUCUUAUGAUAAGCUCAGUGCUGUGGACAUUGCAUCGUUACUGGGAAAUGUGGAGGAAAUCUGUGCGUUUCAGCAAACGCUGAACCAAGCCUUGGAAGAAGUUGCAAAGCUCCCUGAGAACCAGCAGCGAGUGGGAGGCUGUUUUAUGAACCUGAUGCCCCAGUUUCGGUCCCUGUACCUGACGUACUGUGCUAACCACCCAUCUGCAGUCAACGUCCUCACGCAACACAGUGAUGAGCUGGAGAAGUUUAUGGAGAGCCAGGGUGCGGCCAACCCAGGCAUUCUCAUCUUAACCACCAGCCUGAGCAAACCCUUCCUGAGGCUGGAUAAGUAUGUGACACUUCUGCAGGAGCUGGAGCGGCACAUGGAGGAGGCGCAUGCAGAUCACGAGGAGGUGUUGAAAGCAGCCGCGUCCUUCAAGUCUCUUGUGUCACAGUGCCAGGAGCUGAGGAAGAGGAAACAACUAGAACUGCAGAUCCUCUCAGAAUCCAUCCAGCGCUGGGAAGGAGAGGACAUAAAAACGAUGGGAAGCAUAAUCUACAUGUCCCAGGUUAUGGUACAGUGUGGGGGAAGCGAGGAAAAAGAAGAGCGCUAUUUCUUGUUGUUUUCAAAUGUUUUGCUCAUGCUGUCUGCAAGCCCACGGAUGAGUGGGUUCAUAUAUCAGGGAAAGCUGCCAUUAGCAGGAAUGACACUGACAAAGCUGGAAGAUGCCGAAGGGAACGAGCACACAUUUGAAAUCGCAGGGAACAUGACGGAGCGGAUCACUGUGUCCUGCAGCAGCAGCCAGGACUUGCAUGAAUGGCUUGACCAUUUGCAAAGGCUCACCAAAGGGACGUGCAACACCAUAUCCAAAACGCAGUCCUGGAGCGCUCAUUCGACGUUUAGUUCCACUGGACAGAUUCGUGGCCCACUGGAGCCCCCCAAAAUCCUCAAGCCCUGGAGCUUGAGUUGCCUCCGACCUGCUCCUCCACUCCGACCGUCGGCAGCCCUGAGUUACAAAGAGAGGAUGUCUUAUAUCUUAAAGGAUUCCAGCAAGAGUCCAAAAACAAUGAAGAAGUUUCUUCCGAAAAGGAAAACUGAGAGAAAAGCUUCUGAUGAAGAGUUUGUUAUUAGGAAAAGUACUGCUGCGUUAGAAGAGGAUGCUCAGAUCCUGAAGGUGAUCGAGGCGUACUGUACCGGGGCAGGCUUCCAGCAAGCUCUCAGUUCAGGCUCCCGUAAAGACUCCAUCCCCCAAGUCCUUCUUCCCGAGGAAGAGAAAAUCAUCAUAGAGGAAACAAGAAGCAAUGGUCAGACUGUCACGGAGGAAAAGAGCCUUGUUGACACGGUUUAUGCACUGAAAGAUGAAGUCAAAGAACUGAAGCAGGAGAACAAAAGGAUGAAGCAGUGUUUGGAGGAAGAGCUUAAAUCAAGGAAAGAUUUGGAGAAGCUGGUUAGAAGGCUGCUGAAGCAGACAGACGAGUGUGCCAGGGAGGACACAGGGCGCAAGUCGUCUCUGAUAGCCUGAAUCUGGGAGAAGCUGCUGGCAGUGGUGUGUGACCUCAGGUGUUUUUGGGAAGCAGAACUGGACCCUUUGCCUCUUCUUGCUCCUUAUUUUGUUGGUUUUGGGGAUUUUGUUACCAAAAAAUAAGUCAUAGAGAAAAAAAUAGUUUUUUUUUUUCAUCCUAUAAGGAAAUAAAACAAACACAGAAACAAUCGCAACUAAAACGGUAAGCAAGCGGUCCAUGAUUCACAAUUCAUCUGCAGCAACUAAUACCUCAUCGUACCUGCUACUGGGAGCAAAUACGAGCUCUGCUAAUCAUUGCCGCUCACAAAGGGUUUGGCAGUAGUUUCCUAGAGAGGAAGCGUAAGCACUUUUUAAUGCUUUCAUUCUUUUUAAAAGCUCCGGUACCUAUUUAUUGAAUGAAAAUGUUACUGAGUUGGCAUUGAGCAGAAACCAAAAAGCACCAUGCUCCUCUUUUCAGAUAAUCACAACUGGGGAAGCUUUUCCCAUCCACUUUCUUUUUCCCCGUUAGUUGACUGUAGCGAACUAGACCCCAGCAAUACUGUGGUUCCCGUGUGGCCUUGAUACUGAUUAAAAUGUGCAAUUACCAUGCAGACAUUUUAAGUCCUUGGGGAAGUCAGAUCUGGAGCACCUGUCAGAGCGCAUGGGAAGGUAUGUUGCACAGUACGGCCUCCUAACAGCUCGCGAUCAGCACAACAGGUACCUGCUGUUCUGCCCCAGCACCUUUUCUUAUGCAUGACCCGUAACCCCGACACCCUGCUGCAUUUUCACUUCAAGUGUCCAGGUAUUGUAUGAGUUGAUAGUUUUGCUGUGCUCCCCCUUGCAGUACGUGCUCUUCUCCGUACGAAAUGCAAACACCGCUUGACAAAAGAAAACCCAAAAUGUGCUUGUUCUCUGCUCCCAAUGGCCACUUCUCCCCCAUCGCCCCAAAGGGGCCUGUUCUAGGAAAAAGGAACUUUCUCUUGGGAUAGGAAAGGUAUUUCUGUUUAUGCUUUGACAAGAGCUGGAUCGCUCCUGGGGCAAUGACGUGUAAUGUCCUUCCAGAUCCCUGCGCAGCUCUUCAAGCACAGCACACAGACAACAUGCAUAUGUAUCAGAUAUCUUCAUCUUGUUUGGUGUUACACCCUAUUUUAUAACUGAUGUUUUCCUUCCCUCUUAGCAGCAUUAUAAAGGUAAUCUUCUGUUAAAGGUAAUGAUAAGUCUCACGAAUAUCACAGGGCAGCGUGGUCCCAGGGUAUGCAGACACACCACAGCUCACUACGCAGUCAGGCCAUUACGUUAUUCGUGAAGGAUAAAAUAGAGGCAAUAGCUGCAAACUCCCUCCUUGCAAGUAAAAUGCAGCCAGAACAUAGCAAAUGGUGUUUGGGGAGAGCUAAACUCCGGAAACAUCACAAGGAAUUUAAAAAGCAUCCCAAUUUAAUUCUAAGCUGUUUUGGGGACAAAAUAGGGGACUUUUUUGCUCUGGCUACACUUGCCAUCCCCAGAGCAUCCCAGCUAGAUGGCAGCUCUCCGCAUCCCCACCUGGGUACGCGUUUGACAUUUGUUGGGACGGCAGUCAAGUGCUACUGUGCUGGUUAAUCCUUUGCCAGGAUGAUGUCCCUUCGCUGCUCACGCUGGUGUGCCUGAGCCUGAAGUCAAUUUACGCUGCUGUUUUGGGGUGUUUUGCCUGGACACCCCGUAACGGGGCCGAGGCGGCCUCCUGGCAUCAUCUGGUCCAGCCCAGAAGUGGGCUAGGGCCUAGCUCGUGACGUGCAAUCUGCGCAAGGAAGCAAACCAAUGGGUCAUUUGUACCCCUAGGAAAGGCUAGAAAUACUUGCCUGCUGUCCCCCAGUUUAGCUGAACCCCGUGCUGUGUACAUAUGCAUGUUCAUAAGACGUAAUGUGAUGGAGGGCACACUGGGACAUUUUGGAUCAAGCGUUUGUCAAGAGCUAGAAGCCAAAAAAGACAAGAAAAAAUAAAAUAAAAAAGGAAAAGAAGCCAUGCCGGAUGGACAGCAAUGUUUCCAUAUUUACUUUGUUUACAGCGCUUUGUAAAUAGGUUCCAGUGAGUCUGUCUUUAGAUGGAUGUUGUCAGCUGCCUUCCAGUUUAUCUUUGUCAUGUAGGUUUAUUUACUGUUACUACUUAUGCAAGUUCAACUUUUCUAACAUGUUUUUAUUUUGAACAGUUUUUUAAUUGACAUUUUCAACAAAUAAAGAAGGAUGAAACUCGCUUCUUA